AUGCGCCCAGGCCCGGUUUUGGUUCGCUUUAUCGAUCGCCGCCGUCUCGUUGUUCAGCAGCACCUUCAGGUCGCGCCGGGGAAUCCUCUUCUGGUGACCUUGACUCUCGCAGCUGUUCUUGUAGGCGUCGUAGGCGAAGUAGACGAGGCUCGCGAGGACGAUAUCUUCAAUGUUGCCUUCUAG